UCUUUGUCAGGCACCUAAACAAUGUUGUUGUAUUGUAUUACAGUAUAUAUACAAACAGUAAGUGAUAUUAUGUACUCAUUAGUAAGAAAUGACUUGCUGAGAAAAAAUAUAAGUAUAUAUAUAGUAUAUAGACUAAUAUGUGGCCUUGAACCAUACACAUUAUCACCAUUAUGUUUUUUGUGUUUGACUUAAUACCAAUUCAACUUUACAGUGGAUCUCCUGAUAUGAAAUUCCACUAUAAGUCAGGGACUAUCUGUGUUAUUUAUUUACACAGAUUAAUUUUAUAAACUUGACCAUAUUACAUCAAGGAUCAAAAUGAGAUAACUGCAAUAGCAUGGUGCAAAGAAGAUUGCAUGUUAUUUUCUUGUAGUGAAGAUGGAGCUCUGUAUGAAUGGAAUAUAUUCAGUGGUGUUAGAGAAAAUGAAAAUGUUUGGAAAAAAUGUUCAUAUUUAAGUGUAACUGCUGAUCCAAGUGGUGGUACUGGAUAUGUAAUAGGAAAUGAUCAAACUAUCAAAGAAAUUGCAAAUUCAAUAAUGAUACAUUCACUUGACACCAAAACUCAGCUGACAGAUUUAACUUUGUCUGGCAAAAAUAAUAUAUUGUUUGGGGGCACAGAAAAAGGAUAUGUUCAAGCUUUGAGAUAUCCAUUAACAGAAAAUUUCAGAUGGGACAAAUAUGUUGCACAUAACAGUAAAAUCACUCAAGUUAAACUGACUAAUGAUGAUUUGUGGUUAAUCACAUCUAGUGAAGAAGGUUCUAUCUUUAUAUGGAAAUUAUGUGAUCGAGAUGAUAGAAUAUUAACAGAAGAACAACAUUUUCUAAGUGGUGAUGUAAUUAUGAAGAUAGAUGAUCUGAAAUUAAAGAUGGAAUCAAUUGCACAUUUGGAAAGACAGUUAAGUGAUGUACAGAGAACCAAUGAAUAUCAAAUAUAUAUAAAACAAAGUUAUCAUAUCCAAAUGUAUCGAGAACAAGCUGAAAAAUAUACCAAAGAAAUAGAAGAAUUGGUCUCCAAAUUAGAAGACUUGAAAUCUCAGAAUACAGCUCUUACAACAAAACAUAAAGAUGAUAUAGGAGAUCUCCAAAUGAAACAUUUAGCUGAAAUAAAUGAAAGAGGUAUUUAUAUUUUUUCAAUAUUAAUGUACUGUACAUAUGAAGAAGAUUAUAGUCUAUUCCACAUUUAGAAUGCAUCUGACCGAUUGUGUAUCAUUCCACCACCAUUUUCUUGUCUUUGAAUUUACUAUGGUGACUCUUAUCUACUAUUUGAAAAUUUUUAAAAAAUUUAUCAAGUGGCAUUGGACACUACAUAUGUUUUGUUGUUUUUUUCUAUUCUUGAAGUUAUUCAAUGUUUGCACUUUUAUUUCCCAAAUAAAUUAUGAUAUAACAGU